AUGGUUGCAGUAAAGCCUUUAAAAGACACCGAGAUCUUCAAGCCAACAAAGGUUGGUAACCACGAAUUGAGCAACAAAAUCGUGUAUGCUCCAACCACAAGAAUGAGAGCAAUUGCCGACCACACACCUUCAGAUCUUGCCUACAAGUAUUAUGACGACCGCACCAAGUACCCUGGAUCUUUGGUGAUCACCGAGGCCACGUUGAUGUCGCCCAAAACCGGUCUCUACGAUCGCGUUCCUGGAAUCUAUACCGAUGAGCAUGUUGCGGGGUGGAAGAAAAUCACAGACAAGAUCCACGCCAACGGGUCGAAAGUGUCGAUGCAGCUCUGGCCUUUGGGCCGUGUGGCCGAUCCUGUUGCAACCAAAAAGGCCGGCUACCCAUUGGUUGCGCCAUCAUUGAUUUACCCUAGCGAAGAGGCCAAGAAAGCAGCCGAGGAGGCCGGAAACCCAAUCCACGUGCUCACCACGGAGGAGGUCGAGGACUUAGUCAACGACUUUGUCCAUGCUGCUAAAAAAGCUGUCGCUGCCGGCGUGGAUUAUGUGGAAGUUCACGGUGCUCACGGCUAUCUUGUGGACACUUUUUUCCAGGUCAGCACGAACAAGAGAACAGACAAGUACGGAGGCUCAAUUGAGAACAGAGCACGGUUUGCGUUGGAGAUCCUUGACCGGUUGAUUGAGGAAAUCGGUGCCGAGAGAGUGGCCAUUCGGAUCUCUCCAUGGGCCAAGUUCCAAGGUAUUCUCGCCGAAGAAGGCGAGGUCAACCCAGUGGCGCAGUUUGGCUACUUCUUGAGCGAGCUCGAGAACAGAGCCAGGGCCGGCAAGAGAAUUGCCUAUGUGUCGAUUGUCGAGCCAAGAGUCAGUGGUGUCAUCGAUGUUGCUGGAGAAGACAUUCAAGGUGACAACUCUUUUGUUAGAUCGGUGUGGAAGGGCAUUGUUAUCAAGGCAGGAAACUACACCUACGAUGCGCCAGAAUUCAAGACGCUUUUGCAAGAUGUUUCUGACGGUAAGACUCUUGUUGCCUUUGCCAGAUACUUCACCUCGAACCCAGACUUGGUGCAAAGGCUUCACGAUGGUGCGGACUUGACUCCGUACAAGAGAGAACUUUUCUAUGCUCCUAGCAACUGGGGCUACAACACUUUCACCAAUGCUGGAGAGACCAAGACCUUCAGCGAGGAAGAAGAGAGCAAGAGGCUUCCUGCUCCUAUUGAUACCAAGGCGUAA